AUGGUUGCCAGGCCUAGAGGCCUGGCUCCCAUAGCACUAUAUGGGCUCUUUUUCGGAGGGCUCUGUUUGCUGGUUUACAACAAUGGCGUUGACGCUUCUGCAGCAGCGGCAGCAGGAGGGCAGCAGCGGACAUUGCUAGGCACUUCUGCAACGAGGCAGGUUCUCAAGCUUUACCGGCCGCCCAGGUCGCCAGAGGCCCCAAGCACGCCCGGCGCACCUGCUGACGCACCCCCAACACCGGCAGCUACACUUGAGGGUUAUAUCAAAGUGCAGAUGGGAGAUGACGUAAAUGGCAGAGACCUUAUGUACGUCUUUUUGCAGAAAAGCGACGAGAGUUUGACGGAACUGCUAAUGGAUAAAGAGGAGGCCUUUCAGCACGUCAACCAACGCGUCCGUGUCAGCAUCCUGCCGGAUAAUGAUUUGGGUUCGUCUGACAAGAACUCUGGUUCGGAGGCGACUGCAGCAGCAGGCGACUUCACGCAGCAGCUGUCCCAAGCCAACAACCGUCGCCGGUUAUUACAACGCUCCUCAGCAGUCCGCGCCAAGGUUGUUGAGGUUUUGAGCUCACCAACAGAUAGUGCCGACCUCCAAGAUGGCGCCAAGGACUUUCCAGUCGAUGGCCGCCAACCUAUCAUAAACGUCACCGGCGUUGUCUUCCUUCUUAGCUUCUGUGGGCUACGAAACAUGUAUGAUGUCAACUCGUUCCGAAAAAUCUGGGUCAACGAGCCAGGCACUCCGGCCGAUACAUUCACGAUGCAGAACUAUAUGAGCUAUUGUUCACAAGGCAUGACGCAGAUGUCUGUCGCCUCACAGAAUAUAUUUGAGGUUGAACUGCCGUGCACUGGGACUAUGGCAAACGGGGUGCUUGUAUACUCGUUCAACAUGUCAUCGACUUGUGGCCCCAUUGAGCAAUAUGCCUGGUAUAAAUUAUCUGCAGAUAAAGUGCGGGAUACGCUGGGGUUCAACGCUUCAGCAUUUAAACAGCAGGUUUUCAUACUUCCCCCCAAAUCCCGCUGCAGCCUUUCGUGGGGAGGGUUGGCUGACGUGGGUUGUACACGUAAUUUCUUUUGCCGGUCAUACAUUGCCUCGUCCAACGACUUGAGAGUCAUGAUGCACGAGAUGUCCCACAACUUUGGAUUACAUCAUUCCGGAGAAGGUGGUUUUGAAUACGGCGACGAAUCAUGCGUAAUGGGAACGGGAGAUUCAUGCUUCAAUGCUCCCAAUGCGUGGCGCCUGGGCUGGGUGGACACCGUCCCCGGGGGCGACCUCGACGGCUCGACGCUGGAGGUCGGACGACCGCGAAGGUUUACACUUCCUCCACAGACCAAGGCUCGACAAGCCAUUGUCCGCAUCUAUCCAGAUUGGAAAAUUGGUCAAGCCGCACCACUCUGGCCGCGUGCACUUUAUGGAGGCGAAUCCGUUCAGUCGAUCUACCUAGGCUUUCGUGUAAAAGUCCCGCCUUUUGAGAGGAUUCUGGACCGAGAUAGCAACGCCGUUACUGUGCAUGUAUACGGAGCUAACCGGUCAGCGAGCGGCUUCGGACUUGCAUUGAAGGUGAGGACCCUCAGGCCUGGUGGCUAUGAAGAAUUCAGAGACGAUGCCUGGUCGGGCAUCGUUGUCCGACUCAUUAGCAUGAAUCCUGAUGUCAACGCGAUAGUUUCCGUCUGCCGGUCUACUGGAGCUAAAGAGUCUCAGGGGGGCAACUCUUGCGAGGAUGGAAUUGACAACGACUGCGAUGGCAAGGUGACCGCCGCCACCAAGGCCCUUGUCUCCCCGGCCGCCACCAAGGCCGCCGCCACCUCUGCCACGACCCCGCGCAUGGCCUCCCGGGAGGGCCCCACGCCCACCGCCUCCGAACCAACAAGAAGGUCAACCUUUGACACCGCAAAUACCCUCUCCACCGCCCUCGCCUCCCCCGCGCCCGCCCUCGCCGCGGCCACCUUUGCCGCGGCCGCCACGCUUGCCUCCACGGCCGCCGCGCCCGCCUGCUGUGCCAGCAAGGCUUCGCCUUGUAAGGGUCGUGCCUCCACCACCCAACAGGAGUAA